CACACACACACACACACACACACACACACACACACACACACACCUUCCAAACAACAGCAAACUGAAUACUCUAUCAUCUUAAACUUUUGAGGACGAGUGGAUCAGUAGUAACUAGGUAUCACUUUCAUUUACAGUAACUAUGGUCAUACCUGAGCAACGUCAAGGUGUGGCACACACAUCAGAGGUCCGCCCUCUACUGUUGGUAAUGAUUAAGUCUAAAAACAUUUAUCUGCUAUUUACGGUGGCAAUGGAACUAUUAUCAAAUUGAUAUUAAUAUAAAAAAAAUUUAUGUUUAUUAAUUACUUGUCGUUGUUUGUAUAAUUCUUAUUCAAAUUUACAGUGGUAUGAUACCGGUGUGGACUGGUGAUGUGGGUUGCCUUGCUCUGUGCACUACCCCAACAACCCGUGCGGUGAUGGCGAGGAAACCCCGUUGACAAGGCACUGCUUUUUCAUGACGGUGAGUUUCCCUUUGAGUGUAUUAUAAUUUUGUGAUAAAAAUUUCAAGGAAAAAACACACACAACCUCCUUCCUCCCUUCCUUCAGGGAGGGUAGAGAGUUUGAGCGGAGAGAAAAAUCUAUCCGAGACAGAACAGGGACAGUGAGAAAAAUAUAUGAGUGGGAGAGGGAGAAGGAGGAGGAGGAGAAGGAGGGGGGAGCAAAUUAAAAGUUGCCAAAUGGAGAUAUUGGGUUUCAAGCGGAGUGAGACAGGAGUAAAGGGUUUGCCUCUUUCAGUCGUCUUUAUGUUAUGCUAAUCGGGAUAAAUUUUUAAGGCUCGACACUGUUUAGUCCUUUAGCAUUUUCGACGGAUUCCAGCCGACGUUUUCAAAAUAGGCGUCGUCGACAUCGCGGCUAGCUAACCAGAACAGGCCGAUGUUUAUCGUUAAAAUGUUACGGAGCGCCCUGCGUGGAGAGCUACCCGACCUGACUACGGGCUGCUACAAAAUCCUCCGAUUAAAACGCGUCGGUUCGGCAUAUCGAGACAAAUGUGACGUUUUUCAUGCUGGCAGAUGAGCCACAUAGAGGACAAAUGAAAGCCUCCCCAGCAGAGAAAGAAAGAGCACGUCAGCGACGACCAGCCACAGGCUGGACGACGGGCGUUUUGUGCUGCUUGAAUGCGAUUAUCAUUCUGUCGAUUCAGUCUAUUUUUGGAAAUAAAACUUGCAAGCUGUACAUUAGCUGGCUUUCUGAACCGACGGCGAUACCACAGUGUCAGGACUACACGGGCUAGCUUGGUUGGCGUCGAAGCAUGCAUGCUAGGGCGGAUUUCGAAGACAACGGAUUUUGAGCUCUAAAUUUUUACAAAAUGUUCAUACUGUUGGAAAACAUGGCUUUAUUUUGACAACCUGAUUAAAGUUUGAGAUGAGGGCUGCAAAUCCAGUGUUUUGAAUUGCCACAAAAGGCUCGUUUUUGUCAGUAUGUGCACUUAAGCGCUGUCCUGGUCGUUUUUUCCUUAUCGCUGCUAACGUUAGAAUUCAGAACAUGAAACGUUCAAUUAUCGACUUUAACGUUUACAUUUAGGAAUUAACGGUUGAGUUUUUCGCGGUUUAAUGACUCUUGGAUUAUAGAGAAAAAGUGGUGUUAUUAUGUUUUUAUUUUUUAAUUUUUUACAUCUAAACAACCUACACUUGGAGCGUUUUGUGAAAUAAAAUGUUUCUAUGGUAAACGUUUGGUUCCCCCAUUGUUUUAGUUUGGACAUGGCUUCCUUUCACAUUUGUUUUUAGCAUUGUGUCCGUUUUUUGAAGGACGAAGAAGCGUUUCCAGUCUGACGAGAAGAUUUAGUUGUAGUCUAUUUGGUAUGGAUACUUUUAAAUAACGUUUCUCUGUAAUAUAAUUAGCUUUUAGCAGGUUUCUUUGUACAUAUAAGUCACAACGCAGUCGGUUCAAACUGCUUAUUUAGUUCUGCAGCCCUGUCGUUCUUUGUUCUCACCGAGUCAAAGAUGGAGGCUGAACGUGGCUCAGCUGUAAAGACAGCCUAUGGCAUGCCCAGCCUGUUACAGGAAACAAAGGGUGUUAAAUGACUGAAUCCAUGCUUCCUGCUGGAAAUCUGUGUCAUGGAUGAUGAGGACGAUCGCCGUCUUCUGGAUAUUUUAGGAGAUGUGGAUGCGUUGAAUGACUAUCUCCAUGGCAGCAACAGCAAGUCUAUUGAGGAGGAUGAUGUGACAAACGCAGCUUACGGGUCGGAUGGAUCCUUCUUUGCCAGUGACACGGCUGGCUCCAACUCUGGCCUCAAGGAUGGCUCUUCUUCAAUGGGUGAAUUCGGCGAUGAUUCAGCCGGGGCAGGCCUCCAGCUCUCCAGCAGCCUUUCAUUUAUCGAGGAUGAAUUGGGGACUGGGAACUCCCCUGGAGGGGUGGACCUCGGCGGGGAGGACCAGCCCUUUGACAUCCUACAGAAGUCUCUCCUGGAGGCCGACAUCACGGAGCAGACGCUGGCCCAGGAGGCCUUAUUGGACUCCCAGCCCGCUCCCACACUAGUACAGGCUCCCGUUCCCUUCCCUUCCCAGCUGGUCUCUGGGGGUUAUGGAGGGGGAGUGGGUGUGGUCACCACAGCGACAGCUGCGUUCCCCACAGGCCAGUUCCUGCAAGGAGUGUCCCAGCUACCCAAUGGCUCCGCCCAGCACAUCCAGGUGUUGGGCUCCUUUGGGGCAGGUGGGGGCGUGAUGACUCUGAGCAGCUUGGAGAGAACUCCUCAGAUUGUGUUGAGGCCAGGGGCCCCUGUAGCUGCGCCAGGGCCCACAACCGGGGGGCAGGUGUUUGCUCCUACUCAAGGGCAGGUAGGCCAAGUUGGCUUACCUUUCAAAAACAUCCCCCUUCAAAAUAUCAUUAUCCAGAGAGGCCCGGGAGGGACCCAGACUCUUGUCAGACCUAUCCAACCUAAACCCCUUCAAGCUGGGGCUCAGACUGUCUAUAGUGUUGGUCUUCAGCCCACUCCCACCACCAUGGCUAAUGUAGUAAACGCUAACACUGCUACUCCUGGGGGGCAAUAUACAGCCAAUGGCUCCAUUGUAGUGCAGCCGCCCCUGGAGCAGCAACAAGCGCAGGCCCAGACAAACAUACCACCGGGACAGUUCUUGCUCCCCACCUCUUUAGCGCUCACUCCAGGCAGCACCAUCCACAACGGCCCCGCUGACCCCAACUCAAACGCCCUAAUCACCAGUCAGAACGCGGUGCAGAUUGUUGCCGGGCAGAACUUCCCCACACCCCAGCGGGGUCAGCUAAUUUUGAAUCAGGGAGUAGUCAGUGGGAGUCAGGUCGGCGGGGGUGUAACUCAAACAUGGACAGGAGUUUCUUGUGCGAGCUCCGCCCCUGUGCAGACAUCUUGCGCCCCUGGGCGGCUGACCCUGGUCGGCCCAGCGACGGCGGGGAUCGGCGGUCAAGCCCAAGUGUCAGCUAGCCCUGUGCAGCGCCUUCUAGUGACUCAAACUCAGAACUGCACGUCCCUGUCCCCUUUACCUGGUACAGUAACACAGGAACAAGAAUACAGACAGAAUUCUUCACCCGCUCUCAAACAGACACAGCUCAGCAACAUCCAUGCCAUGAAAACAAUGACACAAGAUUCAACGCUAAACUCUCAGGUCAGUGCACAGAAGAGGCCUGCCCUUCCGCCAAUCACGAGAGAGGGAAUGAUUUUACAGCAGUUGGCGAGGGAUCAUGCUGGAGUUCAGACCCCGGAUCGACGUCAAUUCGCUUCAAUCAACGAUGCGCUGCAAAGACUCCUCCCUUACCACGUGUUCCAGGGGGCUCCCCCCAGCCAGGAUGAGUUUUCACAGGUGGAUGAAGAAUUCGAGGCAGUUGCGACUCAGGUGCUGAAGAGAAGCCAGGCCAUGGUGAACAAAUACAGACGACUACUAAUGGUGGAAGCUGAGCGUUCAAGUCCGUCGUCAGAAAUGGUGAUGAUUGACAGGACCUUCAACCAAGAGGAACGCAGCAACCUGACACAAGACAAACGCAUGAUACUAGUAGAUCCAGACAGCUUCUUGGAGGACUUCUGUUGUGGGAUGAAAUCCAAACUUUUCCAAGACCCUUCCCCGUCUCAGUCCAGCUGUAGUUGGAAUCAGUCGGACAGAGGCUCCACAGAGCCACCGUACAGGACAGACUCCCAGCCCGGGUAUGGUGAUCCGGGAGGGGGCGGGGCUGUAGGAGCAGGUGCAGCAGACAGACUCCACCCUCCACACUUACAAGAAAACAAGAGCGUCCUGGAACUGAAGAGGUCCCAGCAACGCUACGGGCCCAGCAGCGCCAGCAACAACAGCCUCACUGCUGCCAACAGUUAUCCCCCAACAGGUAACCCCCCAUCUUUUACAGCAGCGUCCGGAGGACAGACGCACUACCAGGGGUCUCACCAUGUGUCCUCCCACCCGAUCCAGCCCCAGUACCCCCCUCGGCUCACCUCACCCCCCCACCCUGACACGGACUCUGCUCUAGAGGCGGCAGUCAACAGCAUCCUGGAAUGUUAAGACUGAUGCUUCAUAUCAUCCCUAGUGUAUGGUUUUGACUUUUGUGUGUGCGUGUGUGUGCGUGCGUGCGUGUGUGUGUGCGUGUGAGAAUGUUUUUUUGUUUUUUUUUAAUGGCAAACUCUCCUGUUGUAAUAUUUGUUUUACACCCCACACCCCACUCAAAACCCUGUGUGAAGAGAGGUUAACUCUUCUUUCAGGUCUAUGAUCUUUGUGAUACCAUCUCUGGCUAUGUAGCAUGUAUAUUUAAUUUGUUUUUAUAAUUUGUUUUUCUUUUAUUUUUGAGGCAUGUCGUAGGAGUCAAGGUGAACACAGGCACUUAUAAUAACCUAUAAAGAUCCGGGAAUGUGUGCAAUGCAAUGUACUAACAGAUGGAAAAUUAUUUUGUUUAUUUUAACAUUAUUUCACAGGGGUAGGGACUUCAUUAGCUUGAAUAUAAGAGUGUUCCUCUCUUCACACACACACACACACACACACACACACACACACACACACACACACACACAAUUAAUAUUUUGUGCCAGCUGAUAACCCCCUGAAUACCUAUGCUGAAAAAACCCAGGAUGAGGGGGAGGGACAAAACGAUGACUGUGCCUAAUUCAAGGUUUUUAUUUUGAAGUGUUUACAUGAAGAAGCUCUAUUCACUCAUUUUCCUUCCUGCAUUACAAACACACACAGUAAACACACACAUACCUGCUUUAGUACAAUGUGUUCUGUAGAUUCAUGGUUCAGAGGAGGAGAUUUCCUUUAUGGUCAGCUCAGUAGAGACACAUUCACAUAGACAAAUUGCACUAAACAUACUGUUGCUUUUUUUUCAGGAACUAUAUGACUAUGAGGCUCUCGUCGAUUACACAGUGUGCGCUAGGCUAGCAGAAUGUGAACAUUCGGAACAGAACCAAAAUUGAUUUGCCUGUUUUCAGCUGCCUGCAACAAGGAUAACCUUUUAAUUCACACUAGGACCCAUUCAGACUAGACACAUAGACGUAUAUAGUAAUGUUACUGUACUCAGCAGUGCUUGUUUUUCUUGUGCUUAAGUCACAAUUUCUUUGGCAUUUUUUUCUUUUGUACCUUAAAGGUAUGCAAGCCCCGACACAGACACAAAGACAAAUCUCGAUCUUCAACCACUUUUCUAUCAUUUCAGCGUGUUUGUGUCUGGGGAGCUAAAUCCUCAGAUUGAGGAAGAUAAUUAUGUUACAAUAGUUUUAUCUUUUUUUAUUUAGAUUUUUAUUUCCUCAUAUUUUUUUUUAUUUUUUAUUUUUAGAAAUGACAUGAAAAAAAAACGACUGUUUUGUUCAUUGUGACGUGUUGUUCCCCCGGCCUUGUGUGAACAUGACGAUGCCGUCAUUAGUUGAAAUGACCUUGGUGGGUCAUUGAUUGUACGUACGUUUGUCUGCCUUCUGCAUAUAAUUAUAUAUUGAUCAUAUCUGUCUAUCUAUGCUUUACUACCUUGACAUUUCUAUCAGGGUGUGUGUGUGUUAAUCUGCACACACACACACUGGUCUACGACUAUGUUUUCUAUGUAGUUCUGUGGUUUGAUUGCCAUACUCUUGACUUGAUUCUCAAGUGUUCGCUCAUAACCCCCAGAUGUUUUCCCCACUUUCUAGUCCUUUUUUUUUUUUUUUUUAAGCAUUUCUCACACAUCCCCUGUUUUCCCUCUCAGCAGCGCAACCAAAAUUAAUAGGAGAGUGAAGUGAUGUCCAGAAUCACCCUCAGGUCUUUAUUUCUUUGUGCUGGUGACAACAGCUCUGUGGCUGUUUAAGAAAAAAAAAAAAAAGAUGGAGUGUUUGUUCUGAAGCCGUGCUCCCAACAUGACUUUGGUGCUGGAUUUGUCUCGAGAAUGUUUCAGUUUUCUUUUAGUGUUUAGAGCCUAAACUUAACUCACUCUGAUAUUUCAUUAUGAUAAAUAAUUCAUCUUAAAUAUUG